CCAUUUCAACGUCUCUCUCUAAACUAAAAACCCUAAACCCUAAAACGAAUUCCGAAACGUAGAAGAAGCUACAGAGGGGACUCAUUUGUUUGAUCCUCGGAAUCCUCACCACACCGAAAUAGCUAGGAAACAAAGGAGCGUGAAUGCGAUGAUGUCUGGGUACGUUAGACGAGCAUUCUCGUACCGAAACGUGUUGUGGCUCCGAGGCUCAGGCGCUGUUCGUGCCUGUGAGGUGUCUUCAGUUAAAAUUUGCGUGUCCGAAAGUAACGGAUUCUUCGCUGGUCCGGCAACGCCUAAUUUCGUUGCGGAAAGUCGCAGAGCCUUUGCCAAAGGGCGAAAGUCAAAGGAUGAAGGGGGUGUUGGUACAAUUGAAGUUCCACCAAACGUUGGGCCUACUAUUAAGGCAAAUGCUGUCUCACAGAUGGAGGCUGCAAUGGCUGCAUUAUCAGCAGAGCUAAGCAAGCUACGAACAGGAAGGGCAUCUCCAGGAAUGCUUGAUCAUAUUAUCGUUGAAACUAGUGGUUUGAAGAUGCCUUUGAAUCGGGUUGCUGUUGUUUCAGUCUUAGAUCCAAAAACCUUGUCUGUUAAUCCUUAUGAUCCAGAGACACUAAAGCAAUUAGAGAAUGCCAUUGUUUCAUCUCCAUUGGGGUUAAAUCCUAAAUCAGAUGGUGAAAGAUUGAUUGCUGUUAUUCCACCAUUGACCAAAGAGCAUAUGCAGGCUAUGACUAAGUUGGUUUCUAAAUCAUGUGAAGAUGCUCGUCAGAGUAUUAGAAGAGCUCGACAAAAGGCAAUGGAUGCGAUAAAGAAGUUAUAUUCAAGUCUUCCCAAGGAUGACAUAAAAAGAUUGGAGAAAGAAGUUGACGAUUUGACAAAAAAAUUUAUCAAGACUGCGGAAGAUGUAUGCAAGGCAAAAGAAAAAGAAAUUAGUCAAGGUUGAGAUAUGCUGAUGUAACUUUUAGCCGAGGAUUCACUGCUUCGUUUCUCCUUUUAAUGUGCUAGGACCUUGAAUUUAUGUGGUCUCAGCCGUGUGUCGUUAAAUCAGUCAUUACAUGUAUAAGAACUAUUCUGGUGUUCCGGCAAUUUUCUUUUAUACAUAAAAUGAGCCCCCCAGUUUCUAUCUA